AUGGACUUCCGAGAAACCAUACAGGAUGCUACGAAGGCUACUGAUGCUCCUCCUGAGGCGAAGAAACGGUUCAAACUUGGAGUUCCGGCAUCAGCAUCGUUCAACAGAGAAACAUUCGUUUUUCGACCGUCACACACCUAUAUAUGGGGAAUCUCAGUCUUCAUAAUGGUUGGCAAUGUUUAUUACAACCAGCCCUUAUUGGUUCAGCUCGCUAAUGAUUUCCAAGUGUCGGAAUCUCGGAUCGGUCUAGUUCCGACUUUAACACAGGCUGGAUAUGCUGUUGGAAUGGUUGUGUUAGUGCCCCUAGGUGAUCUAGUGAGGAGGCGGCAGCUCAUCAAUGCUACAAUAGCUCUGUGUAUGAUUUUUACUGCUCUGAUGGCUGGCGGUUUCAAUGCGGUAUUGUUUGAAGUGUUGAGUCUGUUUGUCGGCAUCUUGACAGUCAGUCCACAAAUACUGAUGCCACUAGCUGCUGAUUUAUGUCCUCCAGAACGACGUGGAAGCACUCUAGGAGUUAUCCAGGGGUGUCUUGCACUGGGAAUACUGUGUUCGAGAAUGUUUGCUGGGAUCGUUGCGAACUUUUUCCCAUGGCGUUGGGUAUAUAUUAUCGCAGUCAUCCUGAUGCUGGGAUUACUGAUAGUUCUGUACUUCUUGUUGCCUGACGUGCCACCAACGAUAACUGAUGGAUUGCCAGGAUAUCCAAAACUGAUGCUCAGCCUUGUGGAACUGAUGUUGACGGAGCCUGUUCUUGUACAGAGCUGUGGAUGUCAGUUUUUUCAAAAGGCAACAUUUGCCAUAUUUUGGACCGUUUUGACGUUUUUGUUAUCUGACGUACCCUUCCAGUACUCGACAUUCGUAAUCGGUUUAUUCGCUGUAGUCGGAAUAGCUGGUACCUUAGCCGCGCCUCUCGCUGGCAGAUUAAUCGACAAACAUGGUCCAUACUUGGGUGUUACACUGGGCAUACUCGCUACCACCGUUGGAUGGUGUAUCUUGCUAGGCCUAGGUGGCAAUUACGUCGCUGCGAUAGCCGUCGGUGGCUUUUUGUCGGACUUUGGAGGACAGAUGUCACAAGUUGCAAACCAAACACGUAUUUUUGCAAGGAAGCCCACUGCACGAUCAAGAUUAAAUGCAUUGUAUAUGACGUGUAGUUUUGCAGGGUCUGCAUUGGGCGCUGGGACCGGGACUGCCGUAUAUGCAAGGUUUGGUUGGAGGGGAACAUGUGUCUUAGCGAUAGGCUACCUACUACUGGCUGGACUCUUCCAAGCUGUUCGAGGACCUCGAGCAGCGGGAACACAGUGGUUUGGUUGGCGAGCUCCAGUCGCAGUGGAUGCCAAAGCCACGGCGGACGAGGAAGUGUCCAUACCUCCUGUUGAUAAGGACACGGCGUCGAUAAUGACACCUGACGCUGAAAAGUCGCCUGUCACUGAUACUAGAACUGAAGCUAGAACUUACUCUCCUCCAGUCUCCAGAACUCGGGACUUUGUUUCAAAGUGGUUUAAACCUUCUACGUAG